GGCGUUUUACACCACUGUCGUUAUAGCAACAAAUAAGAGUUUUGCCACAAUGAGAGCAAAUAGCUCUCUGUUAUUUUGAUUAUUUUGAGAUUCUUUUCAACCGGAUCUGCACGGGAUUUAUCAGAACUUAGUAAAUAAAUCCUAAGGAAACUCUUCGCAUGACAGAGGAUGAUCAUCUUGGUGUUUUCUUCGCGUCAAACCGUACAUUCCUACAUGGUUUGAAUCUGAAAGAACAUCUGAAAGUCGUAGACAGUUUAAAUUUUAUCUCCAACCAUGGCAAGUCGCUUGAUGAACAUGAUAGAGGAAAAGACCAAACCUCACUAUCCGGAGAGCUUCGGGAAAGUGAGCUCUCACUGGAAACUCAUACGGGAUUCUGUGAAAAAAGGACCAGCAGAAGAUCUAAAAGUAGUUGACAAGAAACAACCUCGAAAUGUUGGACACGGCGUUCAUCCCUUGCGAAAUAUCCCAUCCGAGGAGGGAAUUGAAACAGUGGUCUACAACUCUUUUAAUGGCAACUACGUAUGUAUAAGCCCAGAAGGGGAAGUAACAUUGUGUCUACCCUCUGGAUAUAAAGAAGGUUUUAACAAAUAUCUGAGUCAACCUAUCUGUGGCGUGGUGUACGCGGCCAAGACCAGACAGUUUGUAGGAUGGGGCAAGGAUGAAAACAUUAAGCUGAUGACAGAAAACUUCAAAGUAAUCAGUGUAACAUCUACUGUGAGCCAGAUCCAUUGUGGGAUCUUUAAUGACUCUACCAAUGAAAUAAUCACAGGAGGCACUGGAAAUAUUACGUGCUGGAGCUUUAGAUAUGGUGCAAAAUUCCUUCUUCAGAGAAAAGUGAUAACAGAACAGAUUCCAAAGUCUUGCAUUAUCAGUCACAUGUGCUUAGAAGACACUCCAAGUCGAACACAGCGCAGCUUUGCAGCGUAUGAUAACAACAUUAUUGCCCAUACACUCUUGGACGGCACCUGUGUGGCACACUACAAAGACCUCCACUCUAGAGAGAUAACUGCUGUGCUUUUCUUUAACCCUUUAAAGUAUCUCAUCACAGCUGCCAGAGAUGGUUCAAUUAAAGUCUGGGAUGACACGGGAAAUGUCAAGAUAAUCUUUAUUGGUCAUCUAAAGGCAGUAAACACACUAGCAAUAUACCCAUUUGGUUCAUACAUCAUGUCAGGCUCAAGUGAUAAUACAAUCCGAGUGUGGAGUCUUGAUAUGUCGGAUGAGGUUAACAGGAUCCAUACUAACCAGCCUGUGAAAGGGCUGGGCUCUGUCGUCGGCAAGGACAAUUUGUUCUCAUUCUGCAGAAAUUCUUUGGAUUUGUGGAAGAUAGAACAUGUUCAUAGUGUGUUUACAACCAUUGGAUGCAAAGUCAAGUCCAUCAGGAAUACAACACAUCCAAGGGUGCCCGGUCGCAUGGUGUGUAUAUGCAGUGAUGCCACAGUCAGGCUGAUCUCGCCUGGAUCAGGGGCUUGCGUUACUACACUUCUUGUUCCUGGCAUGCAGACAAUUGCCGACGUCACAUGCGCAGCUGCUGAUAAUCUGUUGUUCGCUCUUCUUGUAAAUGGAGCCAUUCUGAAAGCCUCAACUCUCACCAACCCUUGCAAAAUAAUGGAAGAGUGGAAAAAGGAGGAUACAGGAGUUCCCAGUACUUGCAAUUGUUUGUGUCUCUAUGAAUAUGUUGUAGAGGACAAGCUCGAAAAUGAUGCCUGGGGAGGACUGGUGUCUAACUUGCAGUCGAGGCAAAGCUCGUAUGACAGGACCCUGUUGCUAGGGGGAUGUGUUGAUGGCACUAUAGUGGUAUUCGACUGGCAAAGCAGAAAAACUCCUGGAAGGGUAUCAUUUCAAAUAGAGGCCCACAGGGAGGAAGUGGUGGCGAUGGUGGCAAACCCGACGGUAGAUCAGGUCAUAUCUGCUGGAAUGGAUAACUCCAUCAAAGUGUGGCGGCUAUUUCCAUUCGCUGAGGAAGCGUUAGCACCCCUCAUGACAUUCUACUGCCAGGAGACCCCUCGCCAUCUGUCUGUAGCCCAUCACAGGCUGUGUGUAGCCCUCCAUGAGCCUGCGACCGCCUCCUAUAACAUUGUCGUGUUCAAGACCACGCAAAAAGAUCGUUUUGAUCACAAUAAUGACAACGACCACACGGACGAGAUCACGGGUGUGGCUAGCUGUCCCAAGAUGCGUCUGUUCGCGUCCUGUGGUCUGGACGGGUCUCUUCGCAUUUGGGACGAGGCUAACAACUUGUUACGUGUCAUCACCUUGAACGCCACGCCCACCAGCUUAAGCUUCUGCAGUCAGAAGGGCGACCUACUGGUCGGCAUAGGAAACCAUCUACACAAGAUAGAGUACGCCACGUACAUGCCUAGGUCGUACAUCUAUCGUAUGGUUGCCAUGGAGUUUCAGCGCCCUUGUGCGGAAAAGCCUCUCCCUAUUGAGGAGAGUGUAAGUGACGUCAUGUCGUCCAAUGACCGUCAGCGGCUGACGAGAGCCAAGUCAUCUGUGUACAAGUUUACACACUUCGCCGACCUGUUGUCGCCAGAGGAAAUGAAUGAACGCGUGGAGGAAGAAGAGAGAAGAAGCAAGGCAUUCUCCAAGCUCCAAGAGCGUGAAAACGAACUGCAGAAGCUCCGUGAUGGCGUGUUCGAGUUCCAGAAGAGAAAACCUCGGCCCAACAGUGAGCUGGUCAAACGCGAUGGAUUCCAGAAAUACUUAGAGAUCUUCUACAAGCGCCCCGACGUAGAGAUUCCCGAGGAGGACGAAUUCUACAAGGAGAAAUCCCCACAGUUUGAGGAGGUGGACACGUUUGCACCGAAUCGACGUCCAACAGGAUUCUUCGGGAUUGACAUGAACGCUAUACAGAAAAAAUCUGAACCGGGUGAACCGGUCAAACCGGAAAUCAUGUGCCUUUCAAUGCCUGAUUUUAAGCCGAGGGAAAGGCCUUCCUCGCCUCCGAAGGAAGAUAUUGAGGAGGGUGCUCGUGACUAUGUCGUUAGUAGGGAGGGGUUCACCCCGAGUGAUCUGGAAAUGGAAGAUGCAGAUGCUGGCGUUCGGUCGCGAAAAUCGACAUCUCGUGCUUACACUGCGCCACUGAAUCGACGGGUCAUGGAAAUUGGCCCGCCCCUCAUAGACCGCGAUCGAUACAUCGUCGAUGUCCCGAAGACUGAGCGAUACCCUUCGUCGACGCACUGUCGGCAUCAAGUCGCGCAAAAGUUGGCUCGUAUGGCCAGUCGGCAAGCGCGAAUGGAGGACGACGAGGUGUUCGUGAUUGCUCCCGAUGGGUUCAUUCCGAAUUCAGUUGUUGUGUCGCUCUUUAAGGAUCUUAAGUCUAAGGAGCUCGUGGAAGAGACACGAGUUUGGAAACCACCUUCUCUCACCGCGGAACAACUCGCAGAGAUCGAGAAACGGAAAAAGAAAAUGUCCAAAACCCCAGACGAAGAACCCGUGGUGCCAAAGAAAAAACCUCAAAAAUCGAACUUCGCAGACCAGCUGAAGCUCGCAAUGUGGGACAUACCGUCACCCGAGCCCUUACCCGAGGUCGAUAUCAUGCGAUCACCAACACCAACACCACCCCCGUCACCACCACCCAAGGAACCCACGCCUCCUCCGUCAUCUAAUUCUUCGCCAGUCAAAGAAAUAAAACCCAAAAAGCCGAUCGAGAAGUUUAUAUCGAGACCAAAGCCACCUACACCUCCCCCGGUUGUUUCGCCUCAUAAACAGACCAGACCAAUUUCACCUGUUGGUGCUUCUAACCUGUAUAAACCACUAACGCCGACUAGUCCUUCAACCUUACAACCGUCUAAACAAGACUCUUUGGUUUACGUGUCUAGCAAGUCUAAACCUGUCACACCGGAAAGUGUGCUUAACCAGUCUAAGCCUGUCACACCGGAAAGUGUGCUUAACCAGUCUAAGCCUGUCACACCGGAAAGUGUGCUUAACCAGUCUAAGCCUGUCACACCGGAAAGUGUGCUUAACCAGUCUAAGCCUGUCACACCGGAAAGUGUGCUUAACCAGUCUAAGCCAGUAACACCUGCUGAUGCAUGGUCUGAGCACUGUAAUAGUCUGACAGGCAGUAAUGAUUAUUGUGUGUUAUGUUUAAGUCCCACCCCCCCACGGGAGCCAACUCCACCUCCUCCCCCACCCACGCCUCUGCCGGAAUUCAUCACUCAAUUCAAGGGAUCCCUGUGGUUUGAGAAGUUCUAUCCAGAUGCACAACCGGAUACAUUCCCCAAGCCGUGGACUGUCAGCAGUUUUGUUAAAGAGCUUCUAAAGCUUUUACCAAAGUGCUCGGACUACGAGCUCAAGACCCAGAUCUUAGCGGCCAUGAUGCUGCUAAACCGCCAGGAGCCCCUGGGUCGCGAGUGCUCCCAGCACAUGAGUCGCGUGCUGAUCUCAGAGCUGAACACACCCGACCCGCCCACCGCGCACGGGGCAUCUGUCGCCAAACAGUUCCUCAAGGUGGACAUGCAGCUGCUGCAGGCCAUGCAGAUCUACAACGUGUCGCUCGUAGCCGAGUUGAUGGGCCAGUACAUUGACGGCGACGAGGAAGUCAGGAAAUUCGUACAAGAGAUGUUUGUGACUAUUGGUAUCCAUGACCCUGGCAGCUUCUUCCCCCAGGAGCUUGAUAGCUUCAAUACACAGGAUAUCGUUGGCACCCGACGCAAACCGCGAGUCCGCGAGAUGUGCUUGAGUUGGCUGGACGCCUGGUUGUCGCGGUUCAAACAGCACAUUCGUUCUCUUGCGGGCAAGAUUAGCAGAGCUCAGGCCGGCAGCGUUGUCAAAGGAACAAAGUCACCUAAGACACCUUCUUUCGUCAAGGGAAUAUUGAAAAAAGACGAAGAGAGCGAACCCUCGCCGCGGCCUCCUGGAGUCAAGUUUGAUAUGGAGACGCUGGGUACGGUGGCCGCUGACACCGCGACUCCUGUCGAAGCCGUCAACUAUUUCUGCGAAAUGAGAAUGCAAGAAGAGCUCGAGAAAGCGAAAGCGAGGGCGCGCGUGAAAACUCCUCCCCAAGCCAAGGACAACUCACGAAACACUGUCCUUAUACUGCCCAAGAUAAACAGCAAACGGAGUCUGGUUCGUCUUGGAGAGACGCAUUGUAGCCAUUGCCAUCCGGAAAGAGAGACUUCACUAUCAUUAGCCUUCCCGCUGCCACCAAUAUACGCGCAUCGUAAGGAUAUACCGCUGACCAAUGUGUCAUUACGGCUCAAGACAUUGACAUUAAAUCCGUUCCCUGAGCCUGCAGACAUCCAGCUGUACGAAGCGGCGAGACAUGCGCAGCUUUUGACGCUGAGGUCUGCGCAGAAGUACUUUAUACCUGCGCAGUCAUAUGUGCGCAGUGAACCAAUGGACAGCUGACAGAAACACGUGACAACUGCCAACCAAUAGCGAAAGUGGGAUGGUGCCUUAUAUUUUUCAAAUGUUUAUUAAUGAAUAAAUUUAGAAUCUGUAAAACUUAUUAAGUGUGUUUAUAAUUCUACCGCCCCUUAUUGAGCGCUCAUUCUUUUAAAAAUUUUACCGACAAAUUAAGUGUAUCUAUUAAAGUGGACAGCUAUAUAACGGGAACUUUUCAAAAUGUUACCAAACUAAUCCAAAUUGAGCAAGCAAACGCUGGCAGAUAAAGAAAUAGAGCAAGCCGUCCCAAUGUCCCACUUCGCAAAGUGCUCCAUAUUGCCGUCAGCGAACUGAUAGUGCAAGAAAAGCGUACAUCUUGACUACUAACGGUGGUUUAAAACAAUGUGGCCCUGUUCGUGACAAUUUUGUACCCCGUGACAGAUUUUAUCGCGUGUUGAAAAAGUUGCUAUGAAGUGUUUUCAAAUUGCCCAUUCUUAGCCUCUUCGUGGCCAUAUAUUCGAAAAUAAGAAAAGUGCAUAGCAUGAGCACCACUAGAAGCUGAACACCCUAGCUACCAUCUGUUAUCCUACCCUCCUCCGCAGGCAUCUCGAGUGUUUUUCUACUUUUUUAGUAUUUUUAUGAAUUGGGGUUCCUGUGGCGAGUUGAACUGGAAGAGGGGAGGGGACAAAUCCCUCUUUUCACUUGCCCAGGCCCCACUCUUUCAGGAACACGACACAGGAAGCCCCUUAUUUGGAAAAUCUGCAUGAUCUUUGUAAUUUUUAAAGUGGGCGUACCCCAGGGGCUUCGUAAACUUUAUGACUUGUAACCAGAAGAGAAAAACAGUUACUGUGACCAUCUUUAGUUAGUUGAGAAGGUCCCUGAAAAGAAACUAAGUUUUCUCGGUACCAGACCCCCAAAACGACAACGUUUUCAAAAACACUUUAUAUGUAUACAAAUUUUAUACACUCUUCGAUGAUACACUAUGCAUGGACACUUAUUUAACACCAGAAACCAGGGAUUGAUCAAAUUUAAACAAUUUCAAAAAAAAAAACAAGCAAAAAAUAAUAAUAUGCCCCCCCCCCCUCCUCCGUCGUAUAUCAAAUGUUCCGUCCCUAAACAACUGUCAUUUGAUGACAAGCGUGCAAGAGGUCAAGAGCUCUGACAGUGAUUUAUCCUGAUGGCGUUUUCCGUGUUUAGCACAGCUUCUUCUACAUAAUCUCUAAAUCUGUCGUCUAUCUCGUGUAUCGAGUCCAGCUCCGUUCUCGAAGGAUUCAAGUCUCUCCCUUUGAAUCAAUCCAACAGUGGGCUUUCUGUCAUCUUUGGUAGCCCCAAUUCACGGCUUUGAUAGCACAAUUUCAGAAGAGAAAGAAUUCGAAAGGGCAG